CAACUUUUCAACCGCAGCUUGUCUUCCGUGAACUUCUUCCUCCCGCCAGCCUGUGCAAGACGACCAUAUUCGACAGCCAGCCACCAACAGACCGCAAAAAUGGGUAGAGGACCUAAGAAGCACCAGAAGCGCCUCAGUGCGCCCAAGCACUGGCUGCUGGACAAGCUGUCCGGCACCUACGCUCCCAAGGCCUCCGCCGGUCCUCACAAGGCUCGCGACUGCCUGCCCCUCAUCGUCUUCAUCCGCAACCGCCUCAAGUACGCCCUCAAUGGCCGCGAGGUCAAGUCGAUCCUGAUGCAGCGCCUGGUCAAGGUCGACGGCAAGGUCCGCACCGACACGACCUACCCUGCCGGCUUCAUGGACGUCAUCACCAUCGAGAAGACCGGCGAGAACUUCCGCCUCGUCUACGACACCAAGGGCCGCUUCACGGUCCACCGCAUCCAGGCCGAAGAGGCCGAGUACAAGCUCGGCAAGGUCAAGCGUGUCCAGCUGGGCCGUGGCGGUAUCCCAUUCUUGGUUACGCAUGAUGCGAGAACCAUCCGCUACCCUGACCCUCUCAUCAAGGUCAACGACACUGUCAAGGUCAACCUGUCCACUGGCAAGAUCGACGACUUUGUCAAGUUCGAGAUUGGUAACCUGGCCAUGGUCACUGGUGGUCGUAACAUGGGUCGUGUUGGUGUCAUCACCCACCGUGAGCGUCACGAUGGUGGUUUCAACAUUGUCCACGUUAAGGAUGCCAUUGACAACACCUUCGCUACCCGGGAGUCCAACGUCUUCGUCAUUGGUGCUGAGAAGCCCUGGAUCUCCCUGCCCAAGGGCAAGGGUGUCAAGCUUACCAUCGCUGAGGAGCGUGAUCGCCGCCGUGCUCACGCCAUCGCUGGUAACUAAAUGCUUGAUGAAAUUUCUGGGUCAAAGGGUCAAAGGCAAAAGGGUAUCACAAAAAGUGACAGCAUGGUCAAGGAGUUACGGACGUUACGGCUUUGAAUUUCGCUACGGUAGAUAGCAAAUACCCAACAGGUCGACCAGAUGUCGACGGGUCAAUCAAUUCUUGCAAACGUCCUACCAUCUCUCCCGAAGGCCCUGCUCCACCGCGCCAUGCUACGUUCUGGUCCACGACUUGGGUGCUUCUGAUCGCAGCCGAACCAGCCAAUGAACUACACACAUCCAGUGUCUCAUCCGGCUCCAGGGGUUCGAGGAAGGCCCACGAUAUGCGAGCGUGUCUCGGCCUACAGUCAGUGUCUCGCACAAGGGUCGCCCGGUAUGGUCGCCAGCUGGAUUUAACUUUGCAUUGAGCACACCAAGCAACCCUUCGCAAGCCGACGCCACCCCUCAAGUGUAAGAAGCAUGCAUUGAGCAUGCCGUCGCGUUGCAGUUGGGUGUAGUGAGGGGGAUCAGCAAUAGUUUCUGGAUGACGAGAGCGCAUGUGAAUAGGGUUGCUCAUCUCACGUCAACCCAUUUCCCCCCUUCCCAAAUGCCUUGCCCUACGCUAGAGUUGCAACGCAUGCUCGCUACAGGUGGCUCCUCACUCCUGACAGCAGAAUGAGCUAUGUAGGUACGCGGAGACAAGUUCGUCUGUGCCAGGGGGCGCAGGGACGGACGUGUACUGCAGCGUACAGGCGAGGCGGGAAGAGAAGGCGGUCUCGAUGUGGAUGGGCGGGAGGUUACCGCCUCAGCUUACCUCACUUUACUUUGAUUACUUACCCCUCAAGUUCACGGUCAGCCUGGAUGUCGUGCUACGCAACGUUCUUUUUUGGAGCUCGGCAAGCCGGUACAUUCCUGGUCGGAGGUGCGGGUGUACGUCGUUCCAGUGUAGUUCAUCAUUCUUCCAGCCACUCAGGGCAAGGCUGGGAUGUCCUCUCGUGACCGGCUGAGGGGAGGCCUAUAGUGAGGAACCUUGGAAGCGGAGGUGCCGUGUGUGAGAUUCAAAAAUCGCCCUCCCUCCGUUGGGUGACUGUUCACUCCGUGUGCCUGCCAACCUUCUCUGGUGCCGCAGGCCAUUGUGAGGCAGGCCAAGAGAGGCAGGAAGCACGAUGUAAAGCACACCGACUUUGCCGUCGCACAGAAGUUGCCACAGGCGUGGUGUGUGCGUCCUUUGGUCACCGACGUGUGGGUGGUUAGGCGCCGACAGCCGGGCCCUCUCAGCCUUGAUGCCUUGCGGCGCAGGCUCUGCCUCAUCGUGUUGGUUGCACAACAG